AUUGAAUUUUGCAAUACGUGUUGGAUUAAAAACAGUUCGGAAUAGUGAUAUAACGGAGAAUUCUAGUUAAAGCGGUGACAUGUUUAAUGAUUCAUCGCAUAUACAAUCCAAUAACAAAUCGCACUGACAUUUUGCCCUUUCCAUACAUCAUAUAAGCAAGAUUUCAAAGUUCAAAACAUGUCGUGGAUGGCAUUUGGAGCACUCGCCUCCGGCUUUGUACUACAGCGCCUGUUGGGUGGCGACAGUCCCCCGAACAAAGUGCUAGAGAUUAAAAGUGAAUCGCUGGGAACUCUACAGGUAUUGGCACGCGAUGAUGCGAUGGUACUGUUUGCACCGCCUUACAACAGCAGUGACAAGCGAGCUGUCUACGAGAUUAUAUUACAGCGCCCCACCUCGGACUCCAAUACCACGUCGUUCAGCCUGUACCGCUCGCCGGCGCAGCAGGAGGCUGAGGAAAAGUUCAAUACAUUUAUGCAACGCCUACCCGACUUUGUGGGCAUUAUCAAGGAGUAUUAUAACGUGAAUGGUUUGCAAAAAGUUUGCGAUGCGUUGUCUGAUAAUCCCUCAUGGACGCUUGCUCAUCUGGUAGCGUACUUUAAUCUGGUAGACUACAUAAGCAAUCCCAAAGUGCUGCAGUGCGUCGAUGUGGCGGAUCACACAACGCUCAUGUCACCCUUUCAGCUAGCCAUCAAGCAGGGUCACUUGGAGAUGGUUAAGGCGUUGUUGCCGCUCAGCAAAAUUGAACAUCUAGACAUAAAUAGCAACUCGGUGUUCCACUAUGCCGCCAGCACCAGCAAGGAAAUACUUAAUCUGCUUACCGAGAACAGCACUGUGAAUCUGAAUCAUCUGAACUCGGAUGGCUAUACACCGCUGCAUUUGGCUUGUGUGACUGAUAAGCCAGAAAAUGUCAAAGCACUGCUUCUUGCCGGCGCCGAUGUUAACUUAAAUGCCAAAAAUAUAAGCAAACUGUACAAGACCUCCACACCUACUUCGGUGGCUUCAUUUCUGCGCACCAAUGCCAGCAAACUCUACACGCAGGAUAUGAAAUACGGCGGCACACCACUGCACUGGUGCUCCUCGCGCGAAACGCUACAUGCGCUGAUCAUGGAAGGCUGUGAUGUGAAUGCUACCAACUUUGAUGGACGCACCGCUUUGCAUGUCAUGGCGGCACGCAAUCGCUUUGAAUGUGUGGUUACUCUGCUUGCUCAUGAUGCGGAUAUUGAUGUGCUGGAUAAUGAAGGCAAUGCCGCUUUGCAUAUAGCCAUUGAGAAGAAGCUGGUGCCCAUUGUCCAGUGCCUGGUGGUGUUUGGAUGUGACAUCAAUCUGAAGAACAAGGAUGGUAAAACGCCCAGGCAUAUGGUGGGCAAUGAGGCUAGUGGCAAUAAGGAUGAUGAGAUACUCUAUAUUCUGCAUUCGGUGGGCGCCAAGCGCUGUAGUGAAAGCAGCUCGAAAUGUCCGCCCGGCUGCAAUACACGUGGCACCUACAAUGGCAUACCGCCAGAGGCGCCUGAAUCUGUAGAGCAGCGUGAGCAUAUUGAAAACAUGCUAGCCACCACCAGCCGCCAAGUGGUUGGCGGAUUUCUGGGUGCUGCGGCCAAUGGCAUACUGGAUCGCCAGCCGACGCCAAUAGUACCCGUUGUUGUCGAUACCGAGAAAGAACAAAAGGGUCAGAGCAUUAUGGACGCGCUGCUGGGCAUGUUUACCACCAAAGUGAAUGCGGAUGAGUUAAAAAAGGAAAACUCAUCAAGCAGUAUAGCUAGUGCCGAAGCCACGCCCACAUCGGGUAUAGCUAGUCCCGAGCAGUUGCCUUCUCCGACAUCUCCCAUUAAAGCUGAAAUUGGCGACAAGCCCUAUGGACGCGGUCGUUUGCUGUGCUUGGACGGUGGCGGCAUACGUGGCCUGGUGCUGGUUCAAAUGCUGCUCGAGGUGGAGAAACUUUCGCGCACACCCAUUGUACACAUGUUUGACUGGAUCGCCGGCACCAGCACUGGCGGAAUCUUGGCUCUAGGCCUCGGCUGUGGCAAAACCAUGCGGCAGUGCAUGGGUCUUUAUUUACGCAUGAAGGAGCAGUGCUUUGUGGGCUCACGUCCCUACAAUAGUGACUACUUUGAAGCCAUACUUAAGGAUAAUCUCGGCGAGUUUAAUACUAUGACGGACAUAAAGCAUCCCAAGAUCAUGGUAACUGGCGUCAUGGCAGAUCGCAAGCCCGUUGAUCUGCAUCUGUUCCGCAAUUACACCAGCGCCAGCGAUAUACUAGGCAUCGUAACUUCCAUAAGCAAUCGACGCAUACCGCCACCACCGCCCGAGGAGCAGCUGGUCUGGCGUGCAGCACGUGCAACUGGCGCUGCGCCUUCGUACUUCCGCGCCUUUGGACGCUUUUUGGAUGGUGGACUCAUUGCCAACAAUCCCACGCUGGAUGCGAUGACUGAGAUACAUGAGUACAAUAUGGCGUUGCGCAGCGUUGGACGUGAGGCAGAAGCAAUUCCGGUUUCAGCUGUGGUUUCUCUAGGCACUGGUCAUAUUCCUGUUACUGAGCUCAAGGACAUUGAUGUGUUCCGCCCGGAGAGUAUCUGGGAUACUGCCAAGUUGGCCUAUGGCAUUUCAACAAUUGGCAAUCUACUGGUGGAUCAGGCAACCUGCUCCGAUGGUCGUGUCGUCGAUCGUGCACGCGCCUGGUGCAGCACCAUUGGCAUACCAUACUUUAGAUUCAAUCCACAGCUCAGCGAGGACAUUGCCAUGGACGAAAAAAGUGACCAGAAGCUUAUAAACAUGCUCUGGCAUACGAAGGCCUAUAUGCACAACAAUCGCAACAAAAUUAUAGAGAUGAUUAAUUUCCUUAAAUAGCGCGCAAGACGGAUUUAGACCGCGUAGACACUGUAGCUAUGCCCAAACUAUAAUACUUUUCAAAACUACAUAUAUUUCCCUGUAAUUGAAUUUCCUAGCAUUUUGCGGUCUAAAUCAUCGCCCACCCACACUUACACCAGCCCAAUCCAACCCAACCCGAACAUAAAUGUUGUAAAUGAGUUGAAGAAAUACUUCGCACCCUAUAAUAAGUGUCUAUGAAUCUGCUUUGCAUGUUCAGAUAACAUAGUCAAAAUAUUUGUAUUGUAUUAUUAUGCGUAUUUAUUGUGUGUGUGUUUAUAAUAUCGCUGUUUGCAAACCAAAUAAGAAGUAUGUAUGCAUUCCGUGUCGAUUUUUUAGCUCGUAGUUGAUUCGAAAAUCAGCACGACUUUAUAAUAAACGUUUUUAGUUUUAUG